AUGUUUGUGACCAGGAAUUCCAGGCCCAAUAUUGUCCUGCUGAUGGCAGACGACCUUGGGGUGGGAGAUUUGAGCUGCUACGGGAAUCACACAGUGAGAACACCCAACAUCGACCGCCUGGCCCGAGAGGGAGUGAGGCUGACCCAGCACCUGGCGGCUGCCUCCGUGUGCACCCCCAGCCGGGCUGCCUUCCUGACCGGCCGCUACCCCGUCCGAUCCGGGAUGGCUUCUGCCUUCAACCUGAACCGUGGCCUCGCCUGGCUUGGAGGCUCAGGUGGUCUUCCCACCAACGAGACGACGUUUGCCAAGCUCCUGCAGCACCGCGGCUACCGCACGGGGCUCAUAGGAAAGUGGCAUCAAGGUCUGAGUUGUGCCUCUCGGAAUGACCACUGUUCCCACCCGCUGAACCACGGGUUUGACGACUUCUACGGGCUGCCCUUCGGCCUCCUGAGUGACUGCCGGGCUUCUGAGGUGCCUGAACUCCACCGCUGGCUCCGGGUCAAGCUCAGCAUCUCCACGGUGGCCGUCGGCCUGGUCCCCAUCCUACUGCUCAUUCCCAACUUCACCCGCUGGUUCUCGGUCCCGUGGCCGGUCAUUGUGACCUUCGGGCUCCUGGCCUUCCUGUUUCUCGCGUCCUGGUACUGCAGCUACGGGUUUGUCCGGCGCUGGAACUGCAUCGUGAUGCGGGACCACGCAGUGAUCCAGCAGCCGAUGACGGAAGGCAGGGUCCCCUCGCUCCUGCUGAAGGAGGCCCUGUCCUUCAUCGACAGGUAUAAACAUCGUCCAUUCCUCCUGUUCGUCUCUUUUCUACAUGUGCACACGCCACUGGUCACCAGACAGAAGUUUGUGGGGCGCAGUAAACACGGUCGAUACGGCGACAAUUUGGAAGAACUGGACUGGAUGGUGGGUAAGAUCUUGCAGUCCCUGGACCGGGAGCAGCUGGCCAACCGCACGCUGGUCUACUUCACCUCGGACAACGGGGCCUUCCUGGAGGUGCAGGCCGGCGGGGCGCACCUGGGAGGCUGGAACGGGGUCUACAGAGGUGGGAAAGGAAUGGGCGGAUGGGAAGGGGGCAUCCGUGUCCCAGGAAUAUUCCGGUGGCCGACCGUCCUGGAGGCUGGCAAAGUCAUCGACGAGCCCACCAGCCUAAUGGACAUUUACCCAACGUUGUCAUAUGUCAGUGGAGGAAUAUUGCCCCAGGACAGAGUGAUUGACGGCCAGAACCUAAUGCCUCUGUUGGAAGGCAGGGUCCACCACUCCAACCAUGAGUUCCUCUUCCACUACUGUGGGGUGUACCUGCACGCUGUGAGGUGGCAUCAGAAAGACUGUGAGUAUGAAGAUGGUGCAACUGUGUGGAAGGUUCAUUACGUGACUCCCAGAUUUUCCCCGGAGGGCGCUGGAGCCUGCUACGGAAGCGGAACCUGUUCCUGCGUCGGAGAUGUCACCUCCCAUGACCCUCCGCUGCUGUUUGACAUUUCUAGAGACCCUUCGGAAUCGCGACCUCUCAGCCCUGACAACGAAGCCUUGUUUGACGCCGUGGUGAAGAGAAUCCAUGCGGCCGUGCGACAGCACCGGAGGACCCUGACCCCCGUCCCACAGCAGCUGUCUGUGUUCAACACCAUGUGGAAACCAUGGCUGCAGCCCUGCUGUGGGACUUUCCCCUUCUGUGGGUGUGAUAAGGAAGAUGACAUCGCACGCAACGCUUGA